AAGCAAUGCUGGAAACUGCGGGGUUGUGGCUUCGCUUUGUGUUGAAUCCAAUUGGGUUACGUCAACGUUGCUGUGAGGUGAGCAGACCUUGAGCUGCCAGCGAGAGCAAGGCUUCACACAACAAACACAAACAACUUGACAUCAAACCUGAGCCCAGAGUUUAACUAUAUUUGACCUGCUGCAUCGAGCCGUCUUGGCCACGGUCGGUAGGGGGUUUGCUGUGCUGAUGUUGGGGAGGUACUUAAAUCCAAACGACUCAAACUGGCCUGUGAAGAAUGUUUAUUAACAUUGCCGCCUCACAUUAGUCUUCGACCCUUGAGACACUGGCAUGUGAUGAAUCUCGCGGGACUCCUGCAACCUCAGCACACCGGAUCCCGAGCUUGACAUAACCGGAUGCCUGGACGUGCUAUGGCUUUCCCGCUCGCUUCCCAUUUUCACUUUUCAAUUUUCAUUUUCACGGCUCGUAUCCCCAGUUUGGCAUCGCACUCUUCUGCCAGGGCAGACAUGGUUGCUCAAGCACAAGCACAUGCUCAAGAAAUUGGCGAUUUCCCGGGGGCUUGGUUCAGCCGUGUCGUGGACCGUAAUCUGUGCGCUUCCCACAUGUUGUGGCUUCCCGUGUUGGGGCGAAUGCGGAGCAAGGACGACGCCGGUACGGCAGCAAGACGGUUGUACAAUGCAGAUCUGCUCCAAAACCCGGUUUCCCGAUGUUUUUCUCGGGGGACAUUCUGUGAUUGCUUCGCUCGGUCCAUCAAUCGAGCCUGGAAUCGGCAGUGUCAAAUCUGCGGCAUCCCGGUUGUGACGAAUGCUUCGAGAGUCAGAACCAAACCCUUGGUUCCUUUGAAGCUCGCAUUGGAGGCUGUUUUGAGUUUGGGGCGUGUGGGGCAGCAGUUCCAGAAACGUCCUGUCGUUGUCAACGCACAGAUCGCUGGGAUUUCACGAGAAAAGUCCCUCCCUCGAGGUUUCCAACAUGAGCCCUGGUCGCGGUGUCAUCUGGUGGGCUUUUCCUGGAACACGAUCGCAUUGGUCAUCGUACAUUUCCCCAGGAAUUUUCUGCACCGGGAAUGGCCCCACUUCUGUCAAAUCGAAAAGCGGGGGCGCAAUACACGACUGUGAAUUGAUUGGUCAAUCGGCCUACUCUCCCCGGGAUCCCACGUGGGGCGUCUUUCUUUUCUUCGCUCGUUCGGGCUCAUCCGCCUUCUCGUCUUCAAUGGCCG